AUGAUCACCUUUGCAGUGCAUCCAACGCGCGCCCAUGCCCCGCCCGCGGCCGGAUACCACAAACUCAGUGCAAGGCCCCAUCACCGUGCUCGCUACGGGCGGCGAGCCCCCUCCUCCCCUCGAGCCGACCUGGUGGUCGACUUCCCCCGCCUGGCCGCCCCAGCACGAGAGUGGAUUGCCGCGCACACCCCCGGCUGGGCGGGCGGGUUUGAUGGGAACGCCAUGAACCGCAUCCUCAUCAGCGACAUCGUGCGUCCCGACCCACUCACAGCUGCGGUGGUCCUGGCGGGCCUGAUCACAGUCCUGAACUGGGGGGGCGUCGGCGUGCUGCCCUGGCUGCGCGGGCAUGACAGGGACACGCGCGCCACGCUGGCCGCUGACGAGCGCUCGGGCCUGGCCUGGCUGGCGGCCAUCACCGCCCUGGCACUCUGGUGCAGCGCCAGCGAUGUCUCCUUCCACUGA